UAGACGUUAAUUAGUGCUUUUUAUCUUUCUAAUUAGUUUAAUAAUUUAGGAUAUUUUCUGAGUUCAAGGUCGGUGAGUGUGUGUAUUAUCAUGGUCUAUGAUGUUGAAAGUUUGCUAGAGGUGAUUCAGAUUCUUGGGUUUAUUUCCAUUUUGCCCCCAUUUGUUUGUAUAAAUAGGAAUAGCCAGGCUUGAACUUUGUCAUUGUGGUGGGUGGUUAAGCAAAGAUGAAUCCAUGUGGUGAUGAUUUUCGCGGUUCAGGUAGUGAGGACAUUGAAGAGGCUACUCCUAUGACAACGAAUUUGGAAUUUGGAGGAACUCAUGUUGUCAGGCCUAAAGGGAAACACCAGGCUACUGUAGUUUGGUUGCACGGAAUGGGUGACAAAGGCUUGAGCUGGUCUCAGCUCUUAGAGACCCUUCCCCUUCCAAAUAUUAAGUGGAUUUGUCCAACUGCUCCUACUCGUCCAGUUGCACUUCUUGGGGGAUUUCCAUGCACUUCUUGGUUUGAUGUGGAAGAUAUGUCGCAAAGUGCUCCAGAUGAUUUGGAAGGUUUAGAUGCUUCAGCAGCACACAUCGCCAACCUUCUGUCCAGUGAACCCUCUGACAUUAAGCUUGGUAUUGGAGGUUUCAACGUAGGUGCUGCAAUCUCUCUGUAUUCUAUGAUAUGUCAAGUCUUAGGGCGAUACAGGAAUGGAAACCCCUAUCCUAUCAAUCUCAGUGUAGUUGUUGGACUAAGUGGAUGGCUGCCAUGUUCAAGUUCAUUGAAAACAUGGAUGGAAGAGUCCCAAGAAGCUCCGCAGCGUGCAGCGGCAUUGCCCAUUUUACUCUGCCAUGGAUCAGCUGAUGAAGUGGUUGCGCACGAUCAUGGAGAGAAAGCUGUGGAAACCCUUACUUCACUUGGAUUCCAGAAUAUUACUUUCAGGAGCUAUGAUGGGCUAGGUCAUUACACCAUCCCUGAAGAAACUGAAGAAGUCUGCAAAUGGCUAACCACAGUGUUGGAGCUUGAAGGGACCCCUUCAGAUUCCUAGAACCGUUAUACGCAGUGACAUGAUGGUAAACUAGCAGGCAAAGUACCUUAUCAAGAGCAAAGCUAGCAAUAUGUUGAGAUGCUACUAAUAGAUGGCAAUAAGGAAAUAUAUUUAUAGUAUAUAAUGAAAAACAUGGUAUAAUCCUUGUAUCUUGAAAAAAUAUUAUUCGCAUAUGAAAUAUAUUACAUGAUGUUCUCUCUUCAUAAUCCUUGGGCUAUUGAUAUUUUCUACCGUA